GAAAAUAACUCGGUAUACCUACCUAAUACUACCUACUCAACUUUUAAUUCCAAUUAUCACUAAAAAUUCAAUGAGAUAUCAUUUACUAUCUAAUUUCUAAACAGCCUACAUUGGUUAUUUUGUUGUGUAACCAAAUGGAGUUAAAUAGUGAGAAUGAAGACUUGCCGCAAAACAUUGAAACUAAAUAUCCUUUGCUUCAAUUUGAGAAACAGAUUUUUAUCGAUAUCUUUGAAAAGGAUGCUCUUGUUAUAAUUGCAAAAGGGCUUAGUUAUAAUGCUGUGGUUGCUAAUUUAUUGUGGGUGCAUAAGGAUCCAGGCAAUUUAGUUUUAGUACUUAAUAGCAGUGAUCAUGAGGAAAAAUUAUUCACGGAGAAAUUCAGAUUAACUGUUUUACCUAACACAGGAGCUGAGAGGGAAAAAGCAUAUUUAGAGGGUGGUGUAUACUUUGUAUCAACAAGAAUUUUAGUGGUUGAUCUUCUGAAAAACCGUGUCCCGGUGAGCAAUAUAACUGGCAUUGUGGUUUUGAGAGCUCACACUGUACUUGAAUCAUGUCAGGAAGCUUUUGUGUUGAGAUUGUUUCGACAAAAAAAUAAGAUUGGGUUUAUUAAAGCAUUUUCUAAUUCACCAAUUUCUUUUACCUUUGGAUAUCAUCAAGUGGAAAAAGUUAUGAGAGCACUAUUUGUCACUGAGCUGUUCUUGUGGCCAAGGUUCCACGGAGCAAUAAUUAAAAGUCUUAAAAGCAGACAAGCUGAAGUGAUAGAGUUGCAUGUCCGCCUCACCACAAACACGAGCCUCAUACAAUCGUGUCUACUUGAUAUUAUGAAUUAUACGGUUAAGCAGCUAAAGAGCAUUAACAGAACGUUGGAUAUGCAAGAAAUAACUACGGAAAACUGUAUCACAAAGAAAUUUCACAAGAUUUUACAGUCCCAGCUAGAUUGUGUCUGGCAUCAACUUAGCACAAGAACUAAGGAAUAUAUCCAAGACUUGAAAGUGUUAAGAACAAUGAUACUAAAUCUAAUACACGAUGAUUCGGUAUCCUUCUAUGCUUUAGUGAAUAAAUACAGGACACCUGAAUAUGCGAAAGUUAAUUCAGGUUGGAUACUCCUAGAUUCUGCAGAGACCUUAUUUCGUUUGGCGAAAUCUAGGGUCUUCAACAGCAAGUUUGAGUUCGAUCCGGAGCCAUCACCAAAAUGGAAAUGUCUGUGUGAUUUGUUAAUAGACGAAAUUCCAGAGGAAGUAAAGAAAGCCCGAAACGGUUCCUUAAACAAUACAAAAAUACUUAUCCUAUGCAACGAUAACAAGUCAUGCAGUCAACUAAACCAUCUCCUGACAAUGGGGGAGAACAAAUAUCUAUUUUACACAGCUUUAAGGAGGGAUUUAACUAUAAACUCGGUUGCAUGGAAGUACAAAAAGUUAAAUAAGCCAAUAAAAUCGGAUGAAAAGACCAACACCCGAAAAGAUACAGAAAAUACAAUCGAACAAGAUGACGAAGAUAGCGAUGAAUUGAAUAAGUCUAAUUACGUAUUAACAUUAUCUCAAAUGGCGGCCAGCGAUUCACUGCAGAAAUCAAAAGCAAUCAAUGAGAGUAUGUUCGAGCCUAUUUCACAGAUAGAGAACUUAGACAUAACGCAAUUGGAAACAGAGAGGCCAAUAAUCUGCAUACAAACAUUCAAACAAAACGGUAAUCACUUUUCCCUCGGACAAACCUUGGAGGUAUUACGUCCUGAAUACAUUAUUCUGUACCACAGCGACGUUUCAGCAGUUAGGCAAAUUGAAAUUUUCGAGACUAAUAAGAAAGAUGAUGAGCCAAAAUCAAAGGUUUAUUUCCUGAUUCACGAUAAAACAGUAGAAGAACAGUCGUAUCUGACAUCGCUGAGACGGGAGAAACAAGCGUUUGAGCUGCUAAUACAGACAAAAAGUGUAAUGGUAGUCCCUUCAUACCAGGAUGGCAAGACAGAGGAAUAUUUCAAUUUAAAUGUGGAGGAAGAAGAUGAUUCUGUGGACACUAGAAAAGCAGGUGGGCAAGUUAAACGUACGAAGGAGAAGCCGGUCGUUAUCGUAGACAUGAGGGAGUUCCGCUCCGAUCUGCCUGCUCUGUUACACAAAAAAGGCAUCAACAUCGAACCAGUAACUAUAGCUAUCGGCGACUAUAUUUUGACCCCUGACAUAUGCGUGGAGCGUAAGUCAAUAUCGGACCUCAUCGGGUCCCUGAACUCUGGGCGGUUGUUCGCGCAGUGCACGCAGAUGUGCCGCAACUACAGUCGACCCAUCCUGCUCAUCGAGUUCGACCAGAACAAACCCUUCAACUUGCAGGGCAGCUUUGUAGUAUCGACCGACCUGGAUGGUGCUGAUAUACAGCAAAAAUUGCAACUUUUAACGAUUCAUUUUCCGAGACUGAAACUAGUCUGGUCACCAAGUCCUUACGCUACCGCAGAACUGUUUUAUGAACUGAAACAAGGAAAAAGUAAUCCCAAUGUCGAAGAAGCACUAGCCCUCAGCGGCGAUACAACCGCGGAUGACAUGAACUACGAGAGAUACAACAUUUUGGUGCACGACUUUGUACAAAAGCUGCCCGGAGUAACUACAAAAAAUAUUACAAGGCUAAUGAAUAGAGGGAUCUCGCUGGAUCAUUUAAUCAGUCUCACUCAGGAACAGUUGGCAGAAUUAAUAGAAAACAAAAGCGAAGCGGAAACUUUGUACUCAAUAUUGCAUGUGAAAGCUCAACCUACGGAAUCUGACAAGACGAAAUCAUUCGGCAAGAAGAAAUUUACAGGAAAGUUUUAUAAAAAUACGAAAUGAAAGAUUAUUAUGUUUUUUUUUAUUUAUUAUUUAUUACA